AUGCAGAAAAAGAAAAAGUCAAUUGAACUAAAGUUAGACUUAACAAGCACUUUAGACACUUCUUCGAGUAAUAACCCUUAUUCUCCUGUACGAUUUUUUACCAAAAGAAAUAUAAAGACUGAUCGAUUCAAAUCUGAAUCACCAAAUGAAAAAGUUUCAGUCACUGAUAAAAUUUUCAGUCAGGAAUCAAGAGAUUUUCUUAGAAAAUUAUUAUUUAUAGCUUUUUCCCUUAUUUUUUCCAUAUUUGAUAGCUAAUUAAUAGCAUCGUUAUAAGUAAUUGAUUGGUUGGUAGCUAAUUAAUCAAAAUUCUCUACCCAAAGCUAUAUUGAAUUAUUAUGAUUUGCCAUUCAGCAACCAAAUUAAGCAAAAACACUAUAAAAAGGCAAAGCCUAAAUUAGUCGCAGAAAAACUGUCAUUUUCUCCUUCGUCAACUUUUGGUAAAACCCAAAUAAAUUCCCCAGUAAUGAAAACUAUGACACCUACACAAAGAAGCAAAAUUAUCCAGAUGGCCUGUGAGGAUCCUGGCGUUCAUUAUAGUUUUAUGAAUAGAAAAUUAUUUAUCAAAGAUCUAGCUUCCACAAGUCCAUUAAUUGUUAAAAGGAAUAAGAUUGAAAAUAACCAAAAUAGCACAGAAAAUUUAUUUAAUAGAACUCAGGAAUUCGCAUAUGGAAGACCAUCAUGCGGAUUUGAAAAAGAAAGGCUAAUGAAAAGGCAUAAAAAUUUACUUGUGAUACAAAGAAAUUUAACUAAAAAAAGGCCUAAAAGAAAAGAAAAAUGCGAAAAAAUUGAUUUAAUUAUAAAGUCUUGUGAGGAUAUAGCCAAAAGUGCAAGCACACUUGAAAUAAAUAAUAAAAUAGGAAAAGUAGGGCAAAUAGCUAAAAAUUACUCAGAGAAGAUGAGUGGUAUUUCAAAUGCACUUGCCCUCUCUCCUUUAGCAAGCGAAACCAUUGAAAAAGCCUACUUUUUGGAAAGUAAAACCUUUUAUGAGCGAGUAAAAAUUUUGAUACAUAAGUGUGCUGUAACAAGUGAGUCUCUUGAUAGCUCUAUUAAAUUUUAAAAGUUGGAGAUCUAAAGCAUAAAUUAAUAAAUAAGUGAAAUUUUUUCUUUUGAACUUUUCAAAUUGGGAUGUUUUAAAAUUCGUAAAAAAAUUUAAUUCCUCUAGCGGGCAAAAAAUUUUCAUCCUCACAGAGGGGAGCUAGAAAAGUUGACAGCUAUGAAGGAAGUAUCAUGGAGAAGCUCUAUGAGUACUAUCAAGAAGGAGAGAAAAGUCUGAAAAGUGAAGAAAGUCUUGUAUUUAAAGAUAUGCAAAACUCUUCAUCAGAUGCUAGGAGACAGAAUAUUAUGAUUCGUGGACUAUUAAAGAGAUAUAAAAAUAAAGUCUUAUAA